UAAAUUUGUCUCUGACUUUCGAGGAAUUUGACAAAUAGGUAAAAUUAUUAUAAAUUAUAAUUAUAAUUAUUAUUAUGUUCUCUUCUUCAAGAUACUUAUAAGUCAUUGUUAGACACAUUUGAUAUGAAUAGACUUGCAGUCAGGCGGGAAUAUAAGUGAUUAGCCCUUUACAAAUUAAUCAACAAUUAUAUAGUCAGUUCUGAAAUACUAAAUUAUUUGAAUUUCUAUGUUCUUCAAUGUAAAACUACCUACCCAGGUCUAAUAAUACCACAGAAUAAUAUACAUAUAUAUAUAUUAUGCAUGGUACAACCACAGACUAUAUGAAAUAGUCAUCAUAUAUAUAGAUUUAUUAUAUAUAUAAAUUAGGUACAACAGAGAACAGCAUGAGUCCGUGGCCCGCGGUUAACAGGGCAGUAAUGCAGACUUGGCAACUUGCAGUAUCAUUUGCCCACCUUUUUUUGUCAUUAUCUUAGAUAAUAUCUGUACCCGGCAACGAUUGUCACUACGAUUUAAGUGAAGAUCUUAGAUCAUAUAGUAUAUGUUCUAAGGUGAAGAUAUAAUAAAUAGUAUAAUACUAUAAUACAUUAAUACUUUUAAUUGUAGGUAUCGCAUACUAUUUUUUUACAGCAUAUACUCAAUACUGCUACAGAAUCAUAGGCUUAUAAUAUUGUCUAUUAAAUUAUUUUAAUUAUUUAUUUAUUAAAUUUCAUCUAUUCUGUGCUUAGAUCAUAUUAUAUGAUCAUAUUAUAUGAUCUAAGAUUCUGUGGACCUGUAGUGAAUAGUGAUACCACAGAAUAUAACAAUACUGAUACUGCCCCAUAGAGUAAUACUGCCCACAGGUAUAUUCCAUAGACAUAAUAGAUUAUGUCUAUGGUAUAUUCAUAUUCUGCUUUAUUAUCUAUGACUUUAGCGCGGGAAAAUAUAAAAUUUAUCAUUGUGGCGAUUUGAUGAUAAAUAUGUAAUAUCAGACCAUUAUAAAGGGUAUAAUCUCGAUUUCGAGUUUUGUAUGUACUAUAAUAUAUUUUAAUUAUUGAAAUUAAGUUGCUAUAACUAUUUUUUGUUUCAAAACAUAUUAGAAUACAUUUUCACCACAAACUAAAUGGGCACUAUGCAAUUAGUCUAGAUCAAGUUGUUUGAAUUUUGAAUGUCACUUUUCAUUGAACAAUGCCCCAUGAUAUUAAUAACUGAUUUACAUAUUCGUUGAUAUGGUACACAAUUUAAUAUAUAUUAUUUAUAUUGCCUUGAAAUUAAAUUUUGAUUUUGCAUAAUUCAAUAACUACACUAAUCAGUAAUCAUGCGUCGAAGUUUAGCUCCAAGCCAAGUCAAUAAACGACCUUUAAGUGAUUCAAAUCAAUCUAAAAGAGCUUGCGUGAAAUAUAAUGACCAAUCACAAAAAAUUGAACAAAAUUCAAAAGUAGAUGAUAAAUCUACUAUAGCACUUUCUAUAUAUGAACAAAAUAUAAGGAAUAUACUUUCAAAGCCGUUUAAAGUACCGAUAGCAAAUUGGAGUGGUAGCAGUUUAAGUAGAGCUUUAGGUGUUCGUCGUGAUGGCUUACGUCGACCUUUACAUGACCCUACUGCUCCAGAUGCUCUUAUUUUAUAUAUUCCUCCACAAAUUAGUGCUCAUGAUAUUUUAAAAAUGGAUAAAGAUAAAAUAUUAGUUCAUGUUGUUGUUGAUCCAGAAUUAUCAAAAAUACUAAGGCCCCAUCAAAGAGAAGGUGUUAAAUUUAUGUAUGAAUGUGUCACUGGGGUACGGAUAGAAGGUGCAUAUGGAUGCAUCAUGGCGGAUGAAAUGGGAUUGGGAAAAACUUUGCAAUGCAUAACCUUAAUGUGGACACUUUUGAAACAAGGACCAGAAGCUUCACCAACUAUUCACAAAGCUAUUAUAGUUACACCUAGUUCCUUAGUAAAGAACUGGUGUAAUGAAAUAAAAAAAUGGCUUGGUGGUCGUAUUGGAGCUUUACCUGUAGAUGGAGGUGGCAAAGAACAAGUGGACAAAGUAAUUACUGGGUUUGUUCAAGCUAGAGGACGCAGAACUGUUGAUCCAAUUUUAGUUAUAUCAUAUGAAACUUUUCGUAGUCAUGCUAGUCUAUUACAAAAUGCAGCAGAUAUAGGUCUUGUGUUAUGUGAUGAGGGACAUAGAUUAAAAAAUUGUGAAAAUCAAACUUAUCGUUCAUUAAUGGCUUUAAAAGCAAAACGACGAGUUCUAUUGUCAGGCACACCAAUCCAAAAUGAUCUACUAGAAUAUUUUAGUCUUGUUCAUUUUGUUAAUGAAGGCAUCCUAGGGACUGCUCAAGAAUUUCGUCGUCAAUAUGAAACACCUAUUGUACGGGGUCAAGAUUCCUGUGCUACUGAUGCUGAGCGACAAAAAGCAACAGAACGUUUAGAACAAUUAAUUUCAUUAGUAAAUAGGUGUCUAAUUAGACGUACAUCAGCAUUACUAUCCAAAUAUUUACCAGUUAAAACUGAACAUGUUGUUUGCAUAAAAUUAACACCAUUACAAAUUGAUUUAUACCUUCAUCUUCUUAAGUCUGAUAUGGUUACAAAAUCAAUUAAAAGUAACGAUGGGAAAGUUACUAGCAAUGCAUUAGCUGCUAUUACAUUACUUAAGAAGUUAUGUGCUCAUCCAGAUCUUAUAAUAGAUAAAAUAAUGAAUGGUACUGAUGGAUUUGAAAAUUCAAAACAAUUACUACCUCCAUCAUACAUUGCAGCUCAAUCCAAAAAAAAACUCAUGAUUGAAUUAUCAUCUAAAUUAAUGGUCCUUGACACCAUGUUAGCUGUUAUAAGAACUACCACCACUGAUCGUGUAGUAUUAAUUUCUAAUUAUACUCAAACAUUAGAGUUAUUUGAAAGACUAGCAAAAUUAAGAAACUAUACAUUUGUAAGAUUAGAUGGAUCCAUGACUGCUAAGAAAAGAGCGAAAGCUGUAGAUGAUAUUAACAACCCUACUAGUGGUGUAUUUUUGUUUAUGUUGAGUUCAAAAGCUGGAGGUUGUGGAUUGAAUUUAAUUGGUGCGAACAGGUUAGUAAUGUUUGAUCCAGAUUGGAAUCCUGCCAAUGAUGAUCAAGCAAUGGCUAGAGUAUGGAGAGAUGGCCAAAAAAAACCUUGUUUUGUUUAUCGAUUUUUAGCUACUGGAAGUAUUGAAGAAAAAAUGAUGCAAAGACAGGCACACAAAAAAGCCUUAAGUUCUAGUGUGGUUGACUGUGAAGAAGAUGUUGCAAGACAUUUUACUGCUUCAGAAUUACGUACAUUAUUUAAUCUUCGGCAAGACACUAUUAGUGAUACACAUGACAAAAUAAAAUGCACCCGCUGCAUUAAUAAUAUCCAAACAAAACUACCUCCAGUAGAUAGUGAUUGUACAAAUGAUCUUUCUUGUUGGCAUCAUUGUGCAGACAAAAGAUGGCUUGUAGAUCCAGUAUUGAAACAAUGUUGGCAUGCUGGCAUUAGUAUGGUGUUUUAUCAAAAUUCUACAAUUCAUAAAGAGAAACCAAUUGUUGAAGAGGAUAAUGAUGUAGUUGACAAAAAGGAAGAAGAAAAUAAUAUAACUUAAAAUAUAAUAUCCUAAUAAAUGUACUACAUACUUAUAUUACAUUAUUUUUGUUAAUUAUUAAAUGUGUUUAAGUUCUGUUAGACGUAAUAAAUAAUAACUAAUGAUAUAGGUUCAUUAUAAUAAUUAAAUUCUUUAUAUCUAUAUCCUAUUUAUAAACACUGUUUAAAAUGUCAUACACUACUUGAUUUUGUAUAUAGUAUAUGUUAUGUUAUUAGUCAAAAUAAUUCUGUAUGAUAAAUUAAUAAAUUAAAUGGUAUAAAUGUAUUAUUUA